GUGCGCAUCGCAUGUGGCGCCACCCUCGCGGCUCAAUCGGAAAGUUAGUAGAUGCCCGUGUGGCCAUGUGGUGACAACAGUCGUACGGAGUGAGCCCGUGCAUACGGAUUGAACUUGUGAAAAUACCUAAAAAUAUCGGAAAAUAAUGCCUGCCAAAAGAUAUUGUUGUGUUAUUGGGUGCAACAACUCCGAACAAAAUAGUCGGCACUUAAAAUUUUACUCGUUUCCGAGAAAUAGCCACGAAAUUGACCGAAGGAAAAAGUGGAUACAAGCUGUGAGACGAGUUAGUGCAGACAACAAACCGUGGGAGCCGAACGUAAACAGUCGCAUCUGCAGUGCUCAUUUUGUUGGCGGUGCGAAAUCAACGAUUGAAAAAAGCCCAGCGUAUAUCCCAACGAUUUUUCCACCAAUCUAUAAAAAAAGGGCUUUAUCACAAGCAGCCGCUGCUCGACAUGAUCGACUCCGGAAACGAAAGAUUUCAAAUCCAUCGGAGGUACACGUGGAGGCUGUAGUACAAGAAAAUGUCGAAACAGGGUUGCAAGAAGUUGGAGAGACGUCUACUUCUAUAAGUGUAGGCUGCCAAACAGAUGCACAUAAUUGUCAAGAACAAAACAACACAAAAAUUAUGUUUUUAGUCACACAUGGACCACAGCACCAGUGCCAUACAUCAUGCUUUGAGGAAAACGAAAGAGCAAAGCAUUAAUUUAUUAGUGCAAGAGGCUAAUGAAAUUGCUAUGAAACUAGAAUCUACAAUUACUCUAAAAAUACUUAUUUAGUUUGACUGUACGAUCCUGCAUAUUUGCUUCAACGAGUUGUUAUCCUUAUACAAGUAACUAAAAAUUCAUGAUUUAGUGUCGUU